AUGACUGAUAUACAAACUCCUAGCACGCUCUGCAGCGACUCGGAUGAUGAAGGAUACGAAGAGUCAACAUUGAGGUUCCCUAUACUUGACUUUUCCAAACUUCCACACCGUAACUUUAGUCUACCGCCUCGGAUACUUGAAAAGCCGCUUGAAUUUCCAAAACCCGAUUUUGAUAAUUUGCCGAGUAGAGAAUUCAUGUUACCGAGAGAGUUGAGGAUACGGGUAGGCUUGGCCGUGGCCGUGGAUAUAUGCGAGAACGCAGAAGAGAACGUCUGUGAAAAGAAGACACGGAUAUCGAAACAUGGUGAUUUUGGAAAACGGAUGCGACAUCUGAGGAACGGCGAAAUGGAAUUUACUUUGACAGGAUUGUUUGAAAACCUUAGUGGGAUGGCGAAAAUCAUCAAAACACCAUUACGGAGUGGUUUUGGUAAAAGAUGUGCAGAAAUUUUCAACUAA